GAAGUGAUAGACGAAAGAAUUGGUUUUGCAGAAAAUUUUAAAAAUUUCCAAUUAAAAAAUGUUUAUAAUCUAAAUUAAUUAAGUACAAAGUGUUUCAAACAUUAUUCCAAAUCAUAGUCAAGUGAAAUUUACAUUUGAAAUACAUUCCAAUACUACAAAAGACGACCUCAGUAAGUGCAGUGUAGUGAAGUGUAGGUGCGGCGGUCGCGCUUAUUGAAUUGUUGCAAUAGCAAAUUGGAAAAGCAGAGCAGACCGCCACAAUGGCACGCCCAAUUUAUCCAAAUCAACAGAAAAUAGCUGAAAAGCUGGUGAUACUCAACGAUCGUGGUCUGGGUAUAUUAACGCGUAUUUAUAAUAUUAAAAAAGCAUGCGGCGAUACAAAAUCCAAGCCAGGUUUUCUAUCAGACAAAUCGCUUGAGUCAUCUAUUAAAUUUAUUGUAAAACGUUUCCCCAAUAUCGAUGUAAAGGGCUUAAAUGCAAUAGUGAAUAUAAAAGCGGAAAUUAUUAAAUCGCUUUCCCUAUAUUAUCACACUUUUGUUGAUUUGUUAGAUUUUAAAGACAAUGUCUGCGAAUUGCUCACCACAAUGGAUGCUUGCCAGAUACACUUGGAUAUUACACAAAAUUUUGAGUUGACAAAACAUUAUCUGGACUUAGUAGUUACAUAUGUUUCUUUAAUGAUAUUGCUGUCACGCGUUGAUGAUCGCAAAGCCGUUUUGGGCCUCUAUAAUGCAGCCUACGAACUGCAGAAUAAUCAAGCAGAUUCGGGUUUUCCACGUCUAGGACAAAUGAUAUUAGAUUAUGAAGUGCCGCUGAAACGGUUAUCGGAAGAGUUUAUACCGCAUCAGCGUUUGCUAACCAAUGCACUGCGUUCACUUAUCGCAAUUUAUCCGUUAAGAAAUUUGCCAGCUGAUAAGUGGCGUGAAAUGCAAAAACUCAGUUUAGUGGGUAAUCCAGCAAUAUUGCUAAAAGCUGUGCGUACCGACACAAUGUCCUGCGAAUAUGUUUCACUUGAAGCAAUGGAUCGUUGGAUAAUAUUUGGCCUGCUGCUGAAUCAUCAAAUGCUCGGACAGUAUCAGGAAGUAAAUAAAAUUUGGAUAUCUGCUUUAGAAUCGAGUUGGGUCAUUGCAUUGUUUCGUGAUGAAGUAUUGCAAAUACAUCAAUACAUACAGAGCACCUUUGACGGCAUCAAAGGUUAUAGCAAACGCAUUGGUGAAGUAAAGGAAGCAUAUGCUGUGGCAACACAGAAAGCAGCGCUAAUGCAUCGUGAACGGCGCAAGUUUUUGCGUACCGCCUUGAAAGAGCUGGCGCUUAUAAUGACUGAUCAGCCCGGCUUGUUGGGACCAAAAGCAAUUUUCAUAUUUAUUGGUUUAUGUUUAGCGCGUGAUGAAAUACUAUGGCUAUUGCGGCACAACGAUAAUCCGCCAGUGACGAAGAAUAAAGGUAAAUCCAAUGAGGACCUUGUUGAUCGUCAAUUGCCAGAACUACUCUUUCAUAUGGAGGAACUGCGCGCUCUGGUGCGCAAAUACAGUCAAGUUAUGCAACGCUAUUACGUGCAAUAUCUUUCCGGGUUCGACUCGAUCGAUCUCAACAUACGGAUGCAAAGUUUGCAAGUUUGUCCGGAGGAUGAAAGUGUCAUCUUGUCUUCGCUGUAUAACACCGCUUCAAGUUUGACUGUGAAACAAGUGGAGGACAAUGAAUUAUUUGAUUUUCGUGCUUUUCGGCUGGAUUGGUUUCGCUUGCAAACUUACAUGAGCGUCAGUAAAGCCGCGCUACGCAUAACGGAAAAUGUCGAAUUGGCACGUUUGCUAGACUCUAUGGUUUUCCACACACGCGUUGUGGAUAACUUAGACGAGAUACUCGUUGAGACCUCUGAUUUAAGUAUUUUCUGUUUCUACAAUAAAAUGUUUGACGAUCAAUUCCAUAUGUGUUUGGAAUUUCCGGCACAAAAUCGUUACAUUAUUGCAUUUCCCUUGAUUUGCAGUCACUUCCAGAAUUGUACGCAUGAAAUGUGCCCCGAAGAGCGUCAUCACAUACGCGAGCGUUCGCUUAGUGUAGUUAACAUCUUCUUGGAAGAGAUGGCCAAAGAAGCCAAGAAUAUUAUAACAACCAUAUGUGAUGAGCAAUGUACAAUGGCCGAUGCGCUGUUGCCGAAACACUGUGCCAAAAUACUCUCAGUGCAAUCAGCGCGGAAAAAGAAGGACAAAGCCAAAAAGCAAUUCGACGAUAUACGCAAACCGGGUGAUGAGUCGUAUCGCAAAACACGCGAAGACUUGACCACAAUGGACAAAUUGCAUAUGGCACUGACGGAGUUGUGCUUUGCCAUCAAUUACUGUCCGACGGUGAAUGUGUGGGAAUUUGCAUUUGCACCGCGCGAAUAUCUUUGUCAGAAUUUAGAGCAUCGUUUCUCGAGAGAUCUCGUCGGCAUGGUCAUGUUCAAUCAGGAGACUAUGGAAAUUGCAAAACCAUCGGAACUGCUAGCCACUGUGCGCGCAUACAUGAAUGUGCUACAGACCGUGGAGAAUUAUGUGCAUAUCGACAUAACGCGCGUAUUUAACAACUGUCUUUUGCAGCAAACGCAGAAUUUAGAUUCGCAUGGCGAGAAGACUAUAGCCGCAUUAUAUAAUACAUGGUACAGCGAGGUACUAGUGCGUCGUGUCUCCUCCGGCAAUAUUGUAUUCUCCAUGAAUCAGAAAGCAUUUGUGCCCAUAUCGCCGGAAGGUUGGGUGCCUUUUAACCCCCAAGAAUUCUCCGACCUCAACGAAUUGCGUUCAUUGGCCGAACUUGUCGGUCCCUAUGGCAUAAAAUCGCUGAAUGAAACACUCAUGUGGCACAUUUCCAAUCAAGUGCAAGAGCUCAAACAACAUGUUGCCUCCAACAAGGAUGUGCUCAUACUGUUACGCACAAGUUUCGAUAAACCCGAGGUAAUGAAAGAGCAAUUCAAACGUUUACACGAUGUCGAUAGCGUACUACAACGCAUGACACUCAUUGGUGUGAUACUUUGCUUCCGUAAUUUGGUACAUGAAGCGCUCGUCGAUGUGCUGGAGAAGCGUAUACCUUUCUUACUUAGUUCAGUGCGUGAUUUCCAAGAGCAUUUGCCAGGUGGCGAUCAAAUACGCGUCGCUUCCGAAAUGGCCUCGGCCGCUGGCUUGCCGUGUAAAGUCGAUCCGACGCUAACCAGCACUUUGAAAUCGAAAAAACCCGAUUUCGAUGAAGGCGAACAUUUAGUGUCAUGUUUGCUAAUGGUUUUCGUUGCUGUUUCUAUACCAAAAUUGGCACGCAACGAAACGUCAUUCUAUCGCGCCUCUAUCGAUGGGCAUUCGAAUAAUACACACUGCAUGGCAGUGGCGAUCAAUAAUAUAUUCGGCGCGCUAUUCACCAUUUGUGGUGAGAACGAUAUAGAGGAUCGCAUGAAAGAGUUCUUGGCAUUGGCGAGCUCAUCACUAUUGCGUUUGGGUCAGGAAUCGGACAAGGAGGCGACACGUAAUCGCGAAUCGGUGUAUUUGCUCUUGGAUGAGAUUGUUAAACAAUCGCCUUUCCUCACGAUGGACUUGCUGGAAUCUUGUUUCCCAUAUGUGCUCAUACGCAAUGCAUAUCAUGCGGUCUACAAGCAGGAACAAAUGUUGGGACUUUAAGGGUCAGAAAAGUGUAUCGAACGAAUAUAAGUAAGUUUAAAGAUUUGGCGUUAAUGUUGGAUUAGUAAUUUAAGCAGUUUAUAAUUGCACAAUACUUGCAAGUGACUUGAAAAGUAUUUACUCUAUGUCUUUUACUGUCCACUCUACAUUCUAUUUCUGCAUUUAUAUGUAAUUAUAAAAUACAUUAUAUAACAUAAUUAUAUAUAUAUGAAAAAAUAUAUGUUUAGCAGUAUAGACAUUA